AUGUCUUGCUCGUCGUCGUCGUCGGAGUCGGAGGACGAAGGAAGGGACGCGUACAGGAAAGGAGGCUACCACGCUGUGAGGGUGGGGGACGCGUUUGGGGGAGGCCGCUACGUUGCGCAGAGGAAACUCGGCUGGGGCCACUUCUCCACCGUCUGGCUCGCCUACGACCUCCGCGGCAACGUAAACAUCUGUGCAGUUCUUCAUCUCAAAUCCAUUCCUGUCCUUGAUCUGGUGCUAACCUUGUCGAAUACGUGAUUCUUUCGGUUGAGGUUUCAGCGGAGGCCGGUGAUUCUCAGGAUCGGGCUCCCGGAUCCCUUUAGAUUUCUAUCGCAAGAGUGGAUUAUCAAUUCUUCGGGUGCCUCUUCCUUGUUUAGCCUUCUCAUCUUUGACGUGGUCUUUUCAAUUUCGGUCGUUAUUAGGAUCUGCUCUGGAAAAUUUUCCCAUUUUAUGUUUUAUAGUGUAAUUAUCCUACGAUUGACCUCUAAUUGCUCCCACUCGUUCGGAUCAUCGACCCCCAAUUGCUACAAGAGUUUGCGAUGGAGAAACACAAAAUCUCAGAGAGAAAUUCGGGUCUCGACAGCUUUCUAUUCAUUGGCCCCCUCAUGCCGUCAGUUUCCAUCAAUUACUUUAAAAAAAUCAGUAUUAUCAGUAUUCAUGUUCAUAGAUGCCAGUUUCUCUUGAGUAUAUUGGUUGGUAGGUAGGUAUUACUAGUUCUGCAUCAUCAUCUUCCUGGUCUUUGCGGCCACGGGGCUGAUGGAUCCUUGGUUAUUUCUGAUCUUUUUUCCAUGAAAGAUGAGAUAAAUCCUUCUGGCGUUGACCAGAUAAAAUUGGAAAUCGAAUUGUGAUUCCAUUCCCUUUCCUAUUCAUAUUUUUUCGUAUGAUGUCCAUAUGAUCUUAGCCUUGCUGUCACCAUUUUGACUUCUUCGACGUCUUCUUGUGGCUUCUGCAGAGAUAUGUGGCUCUAAAAAUCCAGAAAAGCGCAGGCGAAUUCGCGGAGUCAGCGCGCCAUGAGAUCGGGAUCUUAUCUGCGAUAGCAGAAGGUGACCCUGCUAACUCAAGGUCUAUAGUCCGUCUGCUGGAUAGCUUCAAGCACACUGGGCCCAAUGGGCAGCACCUCUGCCUCGUGGUAGAGUUUCUUGGCGACAGUCUGCUCCGGCUGAUUCGAUAUAACCGCUACAAAGGACUGGGGCUGAACAGGGUUAGAGAGAUCUGCAGGUCGAUCUUGUCUGGUCUUGACUAUUUGCACAGAGAACUGGGAAUCAUUCACACCGACUUAAAACCGGAGAACGUGCUCCUCGUCUCCACCAUUGAUCCUUCCAAGGACCCAGUGAGGUCUGGGAUCCCCCCCAUCCUGGAAAAGCCAGAGGGGAACCUCAAUGGCGGGAUCAUAUCCAGUAUCAUUGAGAAAAGAUUGAAGAAGAAGGCGAGAAGGGCAGUAGCCAAGAUUUCUGAGAGGCGGUCGUCCUUUGUGGGGGUUCCCGUGCAGAGGAGGAGCUUGGAGGACGUUGACUUGAGUUGCAAGAUCGUUGACUUUGGAAAUGCUUGUUGGGAUGACAAGCAGUUCACACAGGACAUCCAGACAAGGCAGUACCGGUCUCCUGAAGUGGUCCUCGGUUCUGGAUACACGUUUUCGGCUGAUAUGUGGUCCUUUGCUUGCAUAGCUUUCGAGCUUGCCACCGGCGACAUGCUCUUCGAACCAAAGGAUGGCCAAGGAUUCAGCGAGGAUGAGGUACGCUGCAAGUAUAUUACAUAUUUGUUAGAUCAGAUCUCAUUCACCCCCUUCUGUAAAUGAUAUGAUUGACAACUUCAUCGACAUUGUUAUUGCAUAAUCAUGUUAGUUAUCCAUUUAUCUUGAUGAGGUAUCUUUCAUGCCCAUUAAUUAUUGAUAAGCAUUUAAUCGAAAUCGGAAUCGCAUAAUCUUGUUAUUAGUUAUUAUGAAAGCGAAUUUAAUUCCCUUUUGUAAAUUUUUGCAUGAUCUUGUUGUUCAUAUCUGGUGAGGAGCAUACUUGAAUUAGUUUGCUACUGACCCGUAAGCUUCUUCAAUACGAAAGGUACUUAGAUUAUGUACCUUUGACGGCUGUGAAUGAUAUCAGGAAACCAACAUAGCUGGGGAAAAUCUUACUCAAUAUCUCAGUCUUCGCUGCUCCCACACUUAAUCCCCUUCUCGUCCAUGUUCUUUCAUACACAACCUGCAACAAUUCUAUUCAGUCACCUGCCCAUGAAAUCUUUCCUCCUUUGUUACCUUCUCUCUUCUUUUCCUCUCCCUCUCUCUCUCUCUCUCUCUCUCUCUCUCUCUCUCUCUCUCUAGGUUGGGAUAAUCAGGUGUGGGUUCAUAACAUUGCUGCCCUUGGUAAUCAGAAACUACGGGAAGUUGCCUCGUUUCUUAGAAGAGUUCAACGUCUUUAUUUCAGGAUCACCUGGCUCUGAUGAUGGAACUCCUAGGGAAAAUACCUCGAAAGGUGAGCACACCCUGCCCAGACAUCUCUACCCUCAUCUCUCCAUUCUCUUCUUACAGCUGCCUGAUGCGGAUUCCUGUUGACCACAGAUUGCCCUGGGGGGGUCUCGGUCAAAGGACUACUUUGACCGCCACGGAGACCUGAAGCGGAUCAGGAGGCUGAGAUUCUGGUCCCUGGGUCAACUCCUAGUUGAGAAGUACAAGUUCUCGGAACAAGAGGCCAGCGAGUUUUCUGAGUUCCUCCGCCCAAUUCUCGAUUACUCACCGGAGAAGCGGCCAUCAGCUGCCGAAUGCCUGCAGCACGCCUGGCUCUCGGUCGACCAGAAGCCACCGUCAACUGACAGAACCAGCGAAGGAGGUAUUCUAGAGAAGGUGGAGACAGGGAUGAGCCAUCUCCAACUCAAGACGGCCAAGUGA